GCGAGCCAGCGAGCCGCCGCGCGAGUGCCGAGCCUUAAAGUGACAUGGGCUGAGCGGGCUCCCUUAUGGCCGACAUGGCGGCAGCUGGGAGCGGCUAUCCGCUCACGGAUGAUCUGCGUAACACUCAGAGCUCUACAUCAGCCACAGAUGGACUCUCCUCAGCUUCAUUUAUAGAAUAUCCAAAGCACAAGCCAUUUAUUAAUUCAGAUCUGCAGCGUUCCUCACAGAAACCAGUAGUUCCAUAUCCUGAAAGCCACAGCAGAGCAAUAUUUUCUGCUCUGAGGAAUCUCCAGGAAAAAAUUCAUCAACUGGAGUUGGAGCGGUUUGAGGCAGAGGAGAAUGUAAAACACCUCAGCAGGGAAACAGCAAACUUUAAAAAAAUGCUGAGUGAACAAAUGCAGCACAAAGAACGGGACAAGACUGAAGUGUCAAAGAAAAAUCAAGAACUGACUUCUCAGCUGGCAGCUGCUGAGUCUCGAUGCAGACUUCUAGAGAAACAGCUGGACUACAUGAGACAUAUGAUCCAGCAUGCAGAAAAUGAGAAGUCGCAUCUCUUGGAGAAACAGGUCUCCUUGGCGAGAGAUCGGCUUCUUGACCAAUCGCAUGUUCAGUCGAAAUUGGAAAAGCUGGAUAUGCUGGAAAAGGAGUACAACAGACUAACUGCAAUGCAGUCCACAGCAGAGAAAAAAAUGAAAGAGCUGGAACAGAAGCUUUAUGAGGAAGAACAUGCAAGGAAGCUUGUUCAGGAAAAAGCAGCUGAGCUUCAGACAGGCCUGGAAACCAACAGACUACUGAUUCAAGCAGCAUCACCACUGCUUUCUCCAAAAGUAAGACAACCCAGGAAAAAAGCUAAGCAGCCAGAGAAGAAAUGCUUUGUCAGACAUUCCACUGUGCAGCCCCAUUACAGGUUGUGUCUGAAUGAUGUACCCUUUGUGGCUGGGAAGUCCACCAGUCCCAGUCAUUCGGUUUGUGCCAAUGUGCAGCACGUGCUGCACCUGAUGAAACAUCACAACAAAGCUUUGUGUAACAGACAUGUGGUGAACGAUCCUCCAGCCAAACCCACCAGCUCUGGUCAUCCUGCCUGCAAAAGCAGAAGGCCAUCCCCGACAAUGGACUCGUCCUCGUCUCAGGAAGAGCUCUCAGAAGUGUUGAUGACUUUACAAGAUGAAUUUGGACAGAUGAGUUUUGAUCACCAGCAGCUGUCAAAGCUCAUCCUGGAGGCCCCAAAUGCUGCAGUGAGGGAAGAGCUGGAGAAGGAGCUGGAUGCACUAGUGGAAAGGAUGGAAGCAAAGGCAGACCAAAUCAGCAAAGUUCGGAAGCAUCGUUUGCAGCUAGAGAGACUUAAGAGAGAAUGCAAGCCCAGAAAGACUUGUGCUAAACAAAUAAAAGACAGCAGGUUCCCAGUCAGUGAGGUUAAAGUAACAACUACAGUAACCGCGAAAGGAAAGAAUGCAGGUCCCAUCAAAGCGAAGCCUGGAGAAAAGAGUCGGAAAAAUCUUCAGUUGCUGAGAGACAUGCAGACCAUACAGACUUCUCUACAGAAAGAUGAUGUCAGCUGGGACUACUGACUCUUCUGCAGGAGAUGUUCCUGAAGCAUCCUGGCCAAACUUACAUUCUGCCUUUCCUGCUGUGUGGAAGAGACUACUGUAUGCUAAGCACACUUUUGAAAUAUAGGCUUACAGGCUCUUGGCUCUCCA